CUCCAUUCUGGCGUCCGGAGCCAACGAACCAACUAUUAUUACGUUCUCUGUUUUCUUCUCUCGCAAAUACCGGGCUUCUUGAAGAAGCUUUCUUGCGCAGGCAGAAGAUAUAUACUCCGGAACCUUCGCAGACACCCACGACAUCACCAUCAAAGCUAUCAACACACUCAACAUGUCUCCUGCAUUCUGCUCCCCUCAAGCAAUCACAGAGAGUUUUCAAGACGACGAUCCUCGACCAGCUGAGACAGGCACGCCGCAGUCCCGAAGAUCCUCCAUCUUCUCCUCUACAGUCUCCCCAGGCUCAUAUCAAAGCUCAGUGUCGGUCGGUCUCGUCGAGCCUCCCCCGUUCCGCCGAUCACUGGCCCCAACGCCCAAGCCAAAGACGGCAACAGAGAGCCUACAAGGCAGCUACUCGGAGUACUGCCUCGUCACACCACAGCCUCAGUUCCGUCGCUCGGCUGCCUCAAGCCUGAGCGACUAUGCUGCGACCUUGGGAGCUCAAUCGCACGAUGUCCAGACUUCAGCCCAUCAAUACGAAUUCGUCACUAGCGAGGGGCCCUCGCGCGAAGAGACGGUAGGUACGACUGAUCUCGUAAAUAAGAUUGACAACCAGAUUCCUGAAAAACACACAGCUGCCGAGAGUAGCAAGUGUUUCUCGAUGGGUGUCCGAAGCCCCACGUGGAGUCUGCUGACCGCAUCUCCUGUCGCUCGCCUCCCUACCGUCGCCGAAGUCAACGAUGAUGACAUUCGCCGUGAUCCCGUUCCGUCUUCUCCGGGAAACUCCACCGCAAUGCCCACCUUUCAGAGAGGUUUGACUUUCGGACCGGAGCUACAGAAGGAUGGCCAUGAAGAAACUAUUCCAAGUACCCCGCUGGCCAAAAGAACCCGGAACGCCAGGAAGAUGAGGGGCUCCGACUCUCGACCAAAUGUCAGAGGCGGGCGGACCGACAGUCGCCGGGGACGACGAGCCAGACCUCCUGCUCGAUGGUCCCCCAUAACACCUUGGACUCCCGCCGAAAAAGCGGCUUUCCAUGGUGAUUUACAACAGAGGAUUUCGGUAAUCACUUGUGGUACAGGCAUUGAUAGCGGUCUCCUGGACGUGCCAUGCGACUACUUCGACAUGUAG